GCAAUUCAUACGUGUUCAGAGUGUGUUCGUGAUAAUCAACUCUGCGCAGAGUCUACGCAGAAAAGCCAUUGGAUUUCUAUUGAAGAUAAAUAGCGCUAGCUAACCACACCUUAGCAACUGGACUUAGGAACUUAAAUCUUUUUGUUAUUUUGUCUUUAUCAGUAGGACGUUUUUGGAGGUAAAAGUACGGAUAAAGAAUGGCUUCUAGAGGGACAUCAGAAACAAGCAAACUGAGACAAAACAUGGAAGAACAGCUGGACCGGUUAAUGCAACAGCUUCAGGAUUUAGAGGAGUGCAGAGAAGAACUUGAAGAGGAGGAAUAUGAAGAAACCAAAAAAGAGACACUAGAACAGUUGAGCGAGUUCAAUGAGUCAUUAAAGAAGUUGAUGUCUGGGAAUAUGACACUAGUUGAUGAACUGGGGGGAAUGCAACUGGCGAUCCAAGCUGCCAUCAGUCAGGCAUUCAAGACGCCAGAAGUCAUUCGGCUGUUUGCUAAAAAGCAGCCAGGGCAACUGAGGACAAGACUGGCUGAGAUGGACCGGGAUGUGAUGGUUGGAAAGCUCCCUCGAGAUGUGUACACUCAGCAGAAAAUGGAGAUCCUCACGGCUCUGAGAAAACUUGGCGAGAAUCUGACAACAGAGGAUGAAGCGUUUCUUGCUGCAAAUGCUAGUGCCACUCUGAGCCACUUUGAGAAGGUGACUGCGAGCCUUGGAUCUGAAGAUAAGAUAAUGGCAUUGGCCAGUUCUGGAGUUGGGAAGACCCCGGCAUAAAGGUUUACUUGGAUUGACAUUUAUUGAACAGAACUGUCAGAUGACAUCUUGUGGCCACUCAACCUAAAGUAUGUACAUUUGGAUUCAUCAGACAGUAUUGUAUACAUCCUAUACAUUUUAUGUUUGAUUGUAUAUUUUGAUUUGGGUACAGUGGAAGAAAAGUGUUUACAUUUAUAAAAGCUCAUUUUAGAAUAGUUCUUAUUUUCUGAAUACAGAGAAGUAAGAUUGUCAAAAAAAGUCCAGAUUUUUUUUUUUAACCCUCUGGUUGUAGUGUAAUUUAUUAACCUUAUCAUCAAGCUGUUGCCAAUAAGCCUUUUGGUACUAGUAUUUGAUAGUGAAACAGACUGUAAUUACUAUGCAUUUUAAUUUGGUUUGUCAUAACUUUUUUUAAGCAGUGUGAUAUUUGUAAAUACUUUGUAUUUGAAUAUAUUCGGUGAUCAACAUC